UACAACGAAAAACAAAAAAUGCCAGAAUCGCUCCAUCAAUUUAUAGAAGAAAAGCUACGUCUGGCACUGACAGGCGAUGUUCCGGGGUCUCAAAUCGAUGGGUUGAUAACAAAUCUAACAACUUUGUUCAAAACUCUGCGCCCAACCCUCACCCCCUCAGAAAUCUUCCUCGCAAUAACACGCCCCACAAUCUGCGGUGAUCCUUACUGUCUCUGCAGCAACAGCAACCCCAACGACGACGCAUGCAAGCUCGACAAAUACAACAUCACCAUCUUUGUGGAUCGGAGAGAGCGAGGGCGGAGAGUGACGAAGCCGUGGGUGAGAGCGAGUAGUACGAGUGGUUUUGAGGAUGCGGUGGGAAAUCUGAUGGGGGUUGUUGAUGGGAUGGUUGGGGAGAAGGAUGUUGUUGAGGGGAAAGGGGAGGAUGUGGAUCGUGGGGAGGUGGAGGAAGGGAAGAUAAGGAGGGAGAGGUCUGAGACUUGUUUGGUGGAGAUUAUGUGGGAUGGUAAUGGAGUUUAG